AGCGAUUCUUGUCGAACAGCACCUGCUGGUGCGCUAUCUGAACCUUAAAAUCUCGUUUAUUCUGGGGGUUCACACACACACGCAUACUAAUGAGUUUGUUUAUGUAAUUCCAUUUGGCUUAAUAAAUAAAGUGGUGUGUGUUUGAUGAUUUAUAUUCCAACAUGAUUCCCGAAAAACGAGAGAUCGGCCACUGGCUUGUGGGUAACAGUGCGUUGAAGGGAGUUCCUACGAUAAGAUCACGUUCCUGUGUUCCUGUGCCGGUGUAUAGAAAUCUCUUUGUUUGUAUUGUCUUUUGUUCAGAUCUGUAUGCUGUGAGUGGUGAUCAGGUGGGCGAGAAGGUAGUUGAUCUUCACACGCGCCGGCACCCGGGUAUCGAGGACCGUUUGUCUUCCGGAUCCGGCUACGAGGCAUCGCCACGCAAAAGCAUGAGCUGGCCGUUACUUCUCAGCUGGUUGAACAAACCCACCAGCAAACCUGGAACCGUCCUGCUAGCGAGCAGUUGCGUAUCUAUCGUAGCGUUCAGGUGCCUGCAGCGAUGGCGAACACGGUCGAAGAUUCUCAAGCCAACGUUAAGCAUCAACGAAGUAAUCAUCAUCACCGGAUGCGACUCAGGCUUGGGCUACAAUAUGGCAUACAUCUGCCUGCAGGCAGGCAUGACAGUGAUGGCGACCUGCCUUAGCCAGGAUUCGGAAGGCUACCGGAGCUUAGAGUCGGAAGGCAAACGCACCGGACGGGCGAUCCUGUUCCUGAUGGAUCUGAACGAUCAGCAGAGCAUUGAAAAGACGCAGUGCGAGAUACGGCGGUGGUUUGCAACGGCCAGCCAUCCUGCCCAUCUGUACGCGCUUGUUAAUAAUGCCGGUGUGAUGUGUUUCGGGGAUGCGGAAUGGUUGUCGAACGGCAUAACGCGCUUGCAGCUGAACGUGAACGUUGUCGGCACCAUGUCCUUCACCAUACCGCUGCUCGAUAUGGUGCGCGAAUCGCGCGCUAGAUUAGUUAUCGUCACGAGCCACUGCGGCGUACAGGCACUGCCCGGAUUGAGCGUGUACUCCGCCAGCAAGGCGGCGCUCCGUGCCUGGACCGAGGCCGUACGGAUGGAGCUGGCCUGUCAUAACGUUCCGGUGGUUGAGUUUAUGCCCGGCUCGUUUGUGCUGCAUUCGAACAUCUGUGCCCAGCAAUUGAAAUACUUUGAAGAAAUGUGGUCCAAUCUGAGCGAAGGGCAGCGCACCUUCUAUCACGAUUACUUUGGCCGCUAUCGGGCGUAUCUGGAGCCACUCUGCCAGCCGCGCAGCCUGGAACGGUUUCAACCACACGAGCCGCUAACGAUUUGCAUGCGACGCGUACUGUUUGACGAAAGGCCGAAAUCGUUUUACAUGUGCGAACCGUGGCGUUACUUUUUCUACUACAAUGCUUUCCGCUGGGUACCGCAAUCCGUACGGCAUACGCUGGUAAGAAAGUUUCUGCUAAUGCCAGUGUAUUGAGUGGGCUUGAGUGGGGCGCGUCUGAACGGGUUUAACGCAUUCCUUGCAAAUAAAAAUCUCGUUGGAAAUGUUCGUUAUCUCGA